AUGUCGCCUUCAACUGUUGCCGCAGAGAGCGAGACCGCAGUUCCAGCUCCAUUCAACAAAAUCGGUGGUGCUUCCGUUCAGACUUACUUCCAACGCAUCCGCAAAGCCUGUGGCAAGUGGCCAUGGGAACUCUUCGACGAGGAACGUCUGUCUCCCCAUUGGACUGUAUACUUGCUUCAAAAGUUGCACCAGGCUAUCAAGCUUGCCCAGUCCUCACCUAAGAUUUCGCUCACGCUUGUCAUGAAACAUUUGGAAUCUAUUUGGAUUGGAGAGAAGAAAGAGGCCCUAUCCAAACAGACUCUUUCCAACAAGAAACAAAGGAAAACGACCGAAAAAGAAAGUCGAAACGAACCUAGCCGAAAGUCUGUACUCUAUGAAGAGCAAGAAAGCCGAGCAAACAAUUCCCAAAAGCUUAGCGCCAGCCUUCUGCGCAACAGAGACGGGGAUAGAGCCAAGAGUAGUGAUGCUACUCUGGUACACGAUAAAAUCGUCGUCGCGCCCUCACCAAGUCCGCCACCUCGACCCAGAGUCUACCAGAACGAUGAUCGCGAUAUUGCAACCCCGCCCUUCAUUGACCUGACCAAAUCUCCCUCACCUGAACCACUCGGUAAUGGGCUAACCGAGGGCCGGCCAACAGGGGAUGCAAGUGGGCGUAAAAAGAGAAAAGCUGCGAGUGAAGUCACAGCUGGUAACGUCCCUGCGCCAAAGCGACAAAAGAAAUCAUCUAAGGCUAUUUCGACGCCCAGUGCUACGCGUGGGGCGGGCCACCAAGAUGUAAGAAAAAAGGACAUCACGGAUGAUGAGAACGCCCACAUCUCACGGUUGAACAGCAAGACUAUCGCCAUUCGAAACGAGGCCGACUGCAUCAAUGCCCAGCAGAACGAGAAUGAAAAACGACUGAAAUCAUUGAACUCCUCGCGACAACUGCUUCAACAAGAACUCAACACCGCACAGAAUGAUUUGACCAGGAUCCGACAGGAUAUCCAGGACAGCGCUACUAUCCGAGGCUCUAUCCUCCGAAUCAUCCAGCGCCGAGCCUCUGAAAAUGUUGAUGGCUGGAACAUGGCCCUCGAACGCUGCGACAAGUCUUUGAAAAUAUUUAGAGAUGACUCCAAAAAGACUACUGAGCUCUUGAAUAAAAAGAAGCAAGACCUCAAGAAUGUUGAUGAGAUGGUUGGUUUGGCGAAACGAGAGACAGAGAAAUGUGCCCAACAGGCCAAGAAGUUGGCUGCGCAGCUGGAAGGAUUGACUCACAGUAAAACCGGUUCUGAUGUUCUAUAA